AUGAACGCGCAGAAGCAGGAGCAGAUGGAGCCGAGCUACGUGCUCGUGCCAGCCAAUCACGCCUCGCACACCUCGACAUCUUCCAGCUCGGCCACGUCUCAUCCGGUCUACGCCGGUGUGCACGAUACCAUGCGCCACGGCAUCAAGAACGUGCUGCACGAGGUGUCGACCGCCUCGCAUCACCCCGUGCAGAACAGGCUCGAGAAAUGGGAGGCGACGCAGGACAACAUCAAGCUCACCAUGCAGCGCAACGUGCACGGAUUGGGUGCACCAGCGCAUACGCUGAUGGAGAGGAAGAUCGUUUCAUACAACCCGGCAUUUGACCCAACAAGGAGCUCCAACUCGAUCUCCAAGCUUCACCUCGACAUUCUCAACGGUGACGACGAGCGCAUCGAGCCACGAGAUUUCCUGCCUUCCGAGAUCUCGUCGACCCUCCCUGACAUGCACACGGUCAUGGAGCGCCGCCUCGGCCUCUAA